GAUCCAUUCCUUCGUCCUAUUCGUCCUAGCUUGUCAUCCUUUCCCUCUCUACCUCCCCAUCAGCUGGAGUCACCAUGGCGACGCCUUCAUCGUCGUCUGGCGAUCCACUGGCUCUCCCCACGCUCACUCACCUCCUCGUACUCGGCACCUCGUCCUCUGCUGCAGACUUGUCCACCUCUGAAUCACAGCUAUCCUCCUACGAAGCUCACUUUCACGCUCAUCCACAGCCUCAGACGCGCCCAUGGACAGCUUAUGCUGAGAUCGCAAUGCAGUCAGGAGAUCAACAGGGUCUCCUCGCGAGCCUACUGCCUUCUACGCAUCAGACGGAUGCUGCUAUGACAGCCAUUCGCACCCUCGCAAUCAUCAGACUGAAGCAUGCAAUCGAAAAGUAUUGGAGAGCAGCCAGAGUCAUCAGGAGUACGAACAAGGCAGGAGCAGCUACCUCUACUCCAGUCAAGAUCAGCGACGAGGACAAGAAAGCUCUGCAGUCUUUGCUGCUCCAGCGUGUUCUGUACGAGGAGAACCGAGCAAUUGCCUUGCAGGCUACCAUCUGUAUCUCGCGCAUUGCUCGAACCGACUUCCCCAAUCAAUGGCCAGACUUGCUCGACAAUUCUUUGCAGGCGCUCAACACUGCUGCUACGAGUGUUAUUGGAGGGACGGUGACGGGUAGAGAGCUUGAAGUCAACGCCUUGAUCAUGCUUAGGAGCGCAGAGGUCGUCAAGAGGUCUGUCAAGGAGCUGAAUGCUGUCAAGAUGCUGGCAGGAAAGAUGAGAAUGGCAGAGCUUGCAAAGGUACUGCUCCCCUCGCUACUCUCAUUUUUCCCUUCCCUCUUCUCAGCAACCUUUCCUACGUCGACUUCGCCCGAUGCCAUCUACGCCUCGGCGACAUCGAAGCCAUCUACAAUCAUAGCAUCUCAGAUUCGCGUAUGCCAUCUGCUCUUCAAGAUGAUGAGCUCCCUGGCCAUCGCAGACGUCGGUACUCUCUCCAGCCGGACCACGAACGGUGGACAGAAUGAGUCAAAUUUGUCUUACGACUGGUUCAAGUCCACGGGAGGCUAUUUGGACCACGUCUUCUCCGUACGCUCUUCCCUUCUCGACGUUUUGGGCUCUUCUUCCCUCGACUCUUCGCUCAAGCGACCCCUCCAUACCUUGGCUCAGAAUAUGACCAAACAUCUGUCCGCUUUUGGCAAGCUGUACCUAGGCUUGCUAGACAAAGACAAGUCUCGUGUGACGUCUUGGGCAGGGUGGUCAGACAUCAUUGCAUGGUAUUGGACGAAGACGGGACAGGCGCCGGCCAGCGCAAAGGAGAAGUCUCGAGAUAUAGGGGAAGAGGCUCUCAUGCCCUUCCCUCCUACGCUAGUCAUCCACACACUUCUGCUCCUCCGACGCUCCCUCGAGGCAUGGCACUUUGGCAAGAAUGCUCCUGCUCCGUUUGACAGCGACGACUUCGCAGUCUCUACUGCGCAGAUCGUCGUCGACUACUUCUUGCCCUUUGAGCCCUCAGCCCUCGAGAGAUGGGAAUCAGAUCCAGAGCAAUGGACCGUGGAGGAAGAGCAAGCUCAGACAGACUACACCAGCGAGGUACGACCCUGUGCAGAAAUGCUGCUGAUGGUGCUUGCAAAAGAGUCCAAGGGCAGGAGGGUCGGCAGGGCCGUAUGGCAUCAAUUCCUCCAGAGCUCCAAUCUCGAUGUUCAAGACUUGACGCAGGUCGUUCGAAGAGACGCAGUGUACACUGCUUUGGGAAGGCUGCGAGACUACCUGCCAGCUACAGAGCAGGAGGGAGAGGACGAAGAUUCGGAACGCCACAAGGAUGAUCGCAUCGACAUCAGUAAGGCCUUCGUCGAUAGACUCUUGCCCGAAGCGGCCCAAAUGCCUCCUGCUGUCUCACCUUCUUGGGUUCUGAUUCGACGACGAGUCUCUUGGCUGCUUUACGAGUACUCCGAGAAACUCAGCCCAUCCUCUCGAGACGGAGUCUACAGGCUUCUGACACUCUUGCUGGAUCCCGAAUCUCACUUGGGCGGAGACAUUGCGGUCCGUCUCUCGGCUGCUCGGACCCUUGGGGCUCUUGUAGAUGACAUUGCAUUCGAUGCAGAGGUCUUCCAGCCCUACUUGGAGUCUGCUAUACGCUCGCUGGCAGAGUUGGCUACGAAUGAUGAACUGGCUUUGAUGGACUCCAUUGCUCUCUCCACGAGGUCACUCUCGAUCCUCAUCGAGAGGUCGGGACCUCGCGUGGCACCCCUGGUCCCAACCCUCGUCGAACUGGCUCCAGCUCUGUGGGCCAAAGAGGCCAACGACGAAUGCAAGACGCGACCGGCUGUCCUAUCCUUUGUCAAGUCGCUCUUGCGAGCUACAGAAUCUACCUCAGCUAGCGACCCAGCUCUGUCUGCCAAGCUCCAGUCACUGGUCGCACCCUUGGUGACUGGAUGUCUGCAACCAGGCUUGGCUCCACUCUUGGCACCUGAUGCCCUCCUCCUCUGGCAUCGCGCUGUACGAUGUGCUGCAGCCAUGCAGGGAGACCUCUUCAAUCUGCUGGCUGUCGCGCUGGACGUCGAAGGCAGGCCAGGGACGUUGGGCCCACUUACUGAAUUGCCAGACUAUGCUCCGGACAUGUGUCGUGUGGUAGAGGAGUAUGCUCUCUGGCACGAACCCACUGGCGGCGCUGGAAGCGGAGGCAUUGCUCGAGAGGUAGUACGAGUGUACGGCCAGGCACUCUUCACCUCCUUCUCCAAGGUACUCAAAGAAGACCCUAUGGUGCUCUUCCCCGUACAGACUAUAGACGUCAUCAUUCAAGGUGUGCUUGCAGGCGAUCGUAUGGAGGCUACGGGCAGUAUGCAGUCACAGGGUGGGUCGGGCCUUGAGGGUCCGACCAGGACCUACAACGGGAUGAAUCUCCUCGCACAGACGAUGAGUCAGACUGGACUCUUUGAGGCCGUCGUCAGGGGAGCCAUCCUCCUCAAGGAAUCGACAUCUCCUUGCAGCUACUACAUCUCCCUCCUGUCUCGUCUGGCAAUCUCCUUCCCACCAGGUACAUUCGUACCACUGCUGCGAUCGACCCUUGCAGCCAUCCGUGCCUCUCCACAGGCAACCUCCGACCCCGACAGCGCCAUCGACUCGAGCCUCCUCUCGGCCUUGCCCUCGACCCUCUUGAACCUCUUCUCUGCAAAGUUCGAAGUCACUGCCUCCGCUCGCAGGAGGAAGCUCAUCGCUCUCGGGAUGUGUGCCAUCCUAGCCGGCUCUGAGCCCACGUCUGACGCAGAGGAGCGAGCCUUGGACCGAGAAGCCUACGGGAAGAUCCAGGAGUGGGUAGGCACCUGGCUCGACGCUCUUGCCGACAUCAGGGAGAAGGAAGGUGGGCCCACCCCACAGAUCCUGUCCAGUGGUGGAGGAUCUCCCUCCCUCGGUGCGUCCCUCCUAGAGGAUGACAUUGGAGAUGAUGACGAGGGUGGCUGGUUGGAAGACGUCAGUCCUGGAUCGGCUAGGGGACGGGCCAUCAGCGAGGGCGAUCUGGCGCUGGAGAUGAAGCUCAAGAGGACCGUAAAGAGCGCACUGGAGAUUGCGUCCGCCGCCGCGCCACAGGUCAUGCAGCAGGUCUGGGGAGGUAUGGACCCGAUGGUCCUCGAUCUGCUAAACAAGGAGCUCGAGUGAGAGGGGAGGGGGGGGGGGGAGAG